AAGGUGGGCAAUUUGGAAAGAGUGGCCGAUUGUGAAUGGGCCCGCGCAAUUUUGAUUUGAAAAUUGCCAUUGUGGGUGUGGUGGGAAAGAGUGGGUAAAUUGGAAAUGGGAGAGAGUAGUGGAAAUUGCGAUGGGGGGAAAUGGGUGGGGUAAGGGGUGUGAGGAAAUUGAAGAGGGGCCAACCCAAAGGCGAUUUUGAUUUGGAAAUUACCAUUAUGGAUGCGGGGAAGAAUGGGGGUGUGAGGAAAUUGAAGAGGGGCCAAUCCAAAGGCGAUUUUGAUUUGGAAAUUACCAUUAUGAAAAGAAAAGGGCCAAUUUGGAAAGAGCGGUCAAUUGGAAAUUGUGAGGAUAGUGUGUGUAAAAAUCAAUAAAGCCAUUUAAAACAGUAAAAGAUCAUUCCAAGAAAGUUAACUUUGAUUUC